UUAUUUAACAAAGUCGGGAAAUCGGGGAAAAUUGUGUUGUUAAAUCAAUAAGAAAAAGAGGAAAAAUCUCGGAAAGAAAUUCUGUAUGAAAGAUGAGUGGAAACGGUCUUGAAACGGCACCGACGAACGGCAAAAAAGACGGCGAAUUCCACAAGAAGCCCCGCGAGGAAAAACUGCGAGAAGCGAAAAUCGAAGACCAGAUAACAAAGGGUCUCUCAAACAUCAAUUCGGACGACGAGAAGAUACAAUUUUUGGUCAAGCGAUGCGUGGAAAACGAGAAAAAUCUCAAAAAGUUGCAGCAAACGCAGAAACAGUUUGACAAAGUAGUCGAGCAGGUGAAAAAAGAGAAAGAGAAUCUGCAACAGGAGUUCAACAAGACAAUUUUGACGAAAUCCAAGCUGGAAUCGCUGUGUCGCGAACUGCAAAAACAAAACAAAAGCAUCAAAGAUGAGAGUUUUUUGCGGAUUCGUGAGGAAGAGGAGAAACGGAAGGAAACACAAAACAAGUUUCAAAAGUCCCUCAACGAGAUUCAGCAACUCAUGAGCGAAAAUAACGACAAAAACAUGAAACUCAAAGCCGACAAUCAGGAAAUGACGGACAAAUUCAAGUUUAUUUUGGAGCAGUACGAGUUGCGGGAACAACAAAUGGAGAAAAUCAACAAGCAAAUGGAGUUGGUGCAACAGUUGAGUGAUGCCAAAAUUGCCAAAGCUGAGAUUGAGGCGCAAGCGGAGCGGGAACAUUUGACAGCUCAACGAACGUUGUUGGAGAACGAAUUGCUGAAAACCAAGCAAGAAAUGCUCCAAUUGCAGCAAGCGGAGAAACUUUUGCAGGAACAAGUGAACAUCUAUGCCAACAAAUACUCCGAAUUUCAGGGUUCUCUGAAGAAAAGUCACGAUGUCUUCGCCGGAUAUAAAACCGACAUGGAAAAAAUGUCGAAAAAAAUCCUAAAACUCGAGAAGGAAACUGCCGCAUGGCGCAUGAAAGCGGAAAAAGCCAACUCCAUUGCCAUCGAUUUGGCGUCGGAGAAGGCGGUACGCGACGAACAUAUCGCCAAAACCCACAAACAAGUCUGGCAUUUGCAGAAAUUGUGUCGCACGCUGCAAGCAGAACGCACCGUCUUGAUUGCCGCCUUGAAAGAGAACAAAAUCGAAAUUCCUCCGAUGCCAGAAGUGCCGCCAGCGUCAGCCAACGAGAAAGAACCCGAUUACGAAGCACCUGCGAGCAAAGGUCCCGAUCGUUUGGAAGUCAUGACAAAAAAUUGUGCCGAACUCAAGAAGAAUCUCGCCGCGUUGCAAGGACAACUGACAAGUAUCGAGAACGAAAAUGGCGAAAACACGGAAAAUGUCGCGACAAACAACGCCAAAAAGGGCAAACAGAAGAACAAGAAGAAUAAAAAUGCGAAUAAACCACAAGAAAAAGUCGAAAGUAGCUCAGAAUCCACCGAAAAAUCAGAAACAGAGACAAAUGUCGAAGUGACAGAAAAAGUUGAAGCUCAGGAAUGAACACGAAACUAGCAAGCGGCACACAAAUUACUUAAAUUUUAGGUUUUUUUUACACAUAACGCGUUUCAGAUUUUCACGGAAAAAAUUAAUUUGUACCAAAAAUACUUGAUUUUGAAUCAACUUUGACUUGUCUUCAGUU